CGGGGGAGUGGAUCCCCGAAUCCCCUUUUUAGUGCCAGCUGAGGUGGGGCCUCAUGCCAAGUCGGGCCCAGCCUGGGCAGAGAGGCGGAAGCUUGCUGGGAAGGUGGAUCGAUGACGACGCUUGCUGCAGGGACUGACUGAAGGGUGGAAGGAGCAGAUGCAGCUGGGCCCUGCGCACCCAAUCCCUGCCCUUUGUCCUGACCUCCAGAAGAGCUCUGAGCUCUUCACCCUGACCUAUGGGGCUCUAGUCACCCAGCUGUGCAAGGACUAUGAAAAUGAUGAAGAUGUGAAUAAACAGCUGGACAAAAUGGGCUAUAACAUUGGAGUCCGACUGAUUGAAGAUUUCUUGGCACGGUCAAAUGUCGGGAGGUGCCAUGACUUCCGGGAAACUGCAGAUGUCAUUGCCAAGGUGGCGUUCAAGAUGUACUUGGGCAUCACUCCAAGCAUCACCAAUUGGAGCCCAGCUGGUGACGAAUUCUCCCUCAUUUUGGAAAAUAAUCCCUUGGUGGACUUUGUGGAACUUCCUGAUAACCACUCGUCCCUUAUUUAUUCCAAUCUCUUGUGUGGGGUGUUGCGAGGAGCCUUGGAGAUGGUCCAGAUGGCUGUGGAGGCCAAAUUUGUCCAGGACACCCUGAAAGGAGACGGUGUGACAGAAAUCCGGAUGAGGUUCAUCAGGCGGAUUGAGGACAACCUCCCAGCUGGAGAGGAAUGACCGUCCCCAGGACUUCAGCGUAGCUGGCAGGAGCCUUGUUGGAGUCAGGAAGCCUCAGUGCUCCCUCUGCCCUCUAGAAUUAACUCAGUGACUGUUUAACACGGAUGUUAUAUAUUCUUCUAACUUUGUUUCCCUUCUCCAUGUUAAUAAAGAACAGACUGUGAUAUAGUCCAUUUACCCUACAAGUGUGCACAUUCAGGAGGGAAAUUCUUUGCUCCCUUUCCCUUCAGAGGGGCUGGAUGUAGUCAUCCUUGGUUGGACUGGAAAGAGCUCAAACCAGUUUACAUUCCUGUUUGAAUUUUCCAAAGUAGAACCACUUUGACCCCAUUAAGAGGCAAGCCUAGCACAUUUGUCCCUGGGUCUUCAGAAAGUCAUUGGUGAAUGGCCGUAGGGAAUCCAGGAUUCACUGGGACAGGGGAGGAGAAGCUGGGAGGGGUGGGUCGGAUUUGCUAGCUGUAGUGUGACACACUGUAGUGCUUGCCAGGAAAGGGGAACCAGUCAUGCCAGAAACGUUGACUUCUGGGAGGCCACCCAGGCCUCUCUUUCCUUCCUGCUGUUUGGAGGCAAGAUCUCCUCUUUUUACAGAGGGUCCAUCUCUUUUUCUUACAAGUUCUUCAAUAAAGACACAUUCUUGAGUGAAA